GCGUUUUUUGUAAACAGCUAGCUUACCUGCUUCAUACUUUUUAAUUGCGUGGAUAAAAACCCGUAAAACUCACCACCAAAAUACCCUCUUUACGGUUGAUCUAAGAACAAUACGAGCUCUUGUUUGAAAGCCAGUUUUGAGAGGUUGCAGUGCCCCUCUAACCUUUUCAUGUUUCUUAAACGCGUAUUUUUCCGGGCCUCAAAGCGUCUUGAAAAGCCUGGCCAAUGCGUGUAUCGAAAUUGCAUCGCUUCCUUUCGACAAUAUGCAACUUUUGGUCAACCAACUCACGAAACACAUCCUCACUUAAUUGCUAGUAAUGAAUUGACAAGAGGUAUCUCCAAAGACGAGUACAAAGCUCGACAAUUACGAGCAACAAAAGCUCUUGACAAAAAUGAAUUCAUUGUUACCACAUCUGCCCCAGUAAACUAUAUGUGUGGACCUGCAUUCUAUGAGUAUCACCAAGAUCCUAACUUUUUCUAUUUAACCGGAUGUUUGGAACCCAGCAGUGCUGCUAUUAUUGAACCCGAUUCAUCCAAAGCCAACAAUUUCCGGUAUACGUUAUUUCUUCGACCAAAGGAUGCAUUUGCCGAAAAGUGGGAGGGUACAAGAACGGGUCUUGCUGCUGCAGAAAAUAUGUUUGGCGCUGACGAGGUCUUAAACAUCCAUGAUUUUCAAAAAGUUUUGCAGAAUAAAGCAAAAAAAUACAGAUGUGCUUACGCAGAUGUUCCUAUGACGGGCUCAACAACAUUCGGAGAUCUAUGCAGAAUUCGGCCACCAACGAUUGCAGAAGCUAUCGUAAACUUAUCACAGUCGUGUAGCCUGAAACCCAUCAGCCGGAUUUUACAUCCGCUUCGCUGUGUAAAACUACCAGGAGAAAUACAUUGCAUGAAACAUGCUGGCCAAAUCAGUGGGGAAGCGUAUGCCAACGUGUUCCAUGGAGGUCAGAUUGCAACCGAAACCCAACUCGCAGCUACUCUUGAUUACGAGUUUCGUGUUGGGAAUUGUGAACGCUCUGCUUAUGUACCUGUUGUAGCUGGAGGAUUGAAUGGGUUAACGAUUCAUUACACCGUCAAUAAUAACGUCCUUAAGGACGGAGACAUGGUCCUCGUUGAUGCUGGUGGAGAGUACGGUAACUAUGUAACGGAUAUAUCUCGUACUUGGCCUGUAAAUGGCCGAUUUACGGAAUCACAAAGGGACAUUUAUCAAGCCGUUUUGAAUGUUCAGAAAGAGUGUAUAAAACUGUGUACUGAAAACCAACGAUUGUCUAUAGCAGCAAUUCACAACCAUAGCAGUUCCCUUUUACGAGAAGAAUUGCGGCAAAUUGGCAUUUAUGCCAGCAACUUCGAAAUUGAAAAUGUGCUGUAUCCACAUUCCGUUGGACAUCAUAUUGGACUGGAAAUACAUGACUGCUCUUCCAUCAGCACUUAUGAGCCGAUUAAGAAAAAUCAAGUGAUCACCAUAGAACCAGGAGUAUACUUUCCCAUGGACGACCGUUGGCCUCGCUGGGCCCAAGGCGUUGCUAUAAGAAUCGAAGACAGUAUUUUAGUAGGCAAAGACGAACCCAUAAAUCUGAGUGAAGCAGCUCCGAAAGAAAUCACUGAUAUCGAAAUGCAAUUUGGCAAAGGAAACCAUCGUGAUCGCAAACGAAAGAAAUAAUGUGCAAUUCUAUGAUUGAGGAAAACGGGUUCUCCACACACGUAAAUUAUAGUACAUGGUCAUUACAUAAGAAUACAAACGAAGACAGCUAAAACAUCAAUUGCGUCCUCACAAUUCAGGCAUAAAACGAACAACUCCGUUCUUACUCGACAAAUACUCCUUCAGAUCACGCAGCACACGACUGUUCAACCAAUGUUCUGGAGCUUGACGCUCGCCGGUGCACCAGUACAAUCUGGAUUUUACAUGUUAGUAAAAAAAUAUCCCUUCCUUGUUAAACAAUGGUAUGCUUACAUAUCCCAGUCUGCCUCAUUUAGUAAAUUGUCGUACUCCUUUAGCAAUUCGACAUUGUAUUUGGACAAAUACUCUUUGGCGAAUCCUGACAGAAUUAAGUCAGUCUCCAGAAUCCCUCGUUUUCUCGACUGGUAAACUAAACGAGAUCUAAGAAGUUUUUCUGUUUCUUUUGAACGGUCUACAGGACGAAUUAAUUUGUCUUCAAGCAAUUUUGAAUGAGUUAAGUACGGGGCACUGUGCCAAUAACGAAGAACACCUGAUUUACGGCUAAAGUAUCUACAAAGCUGAAUUGAUUUGAUGGAAAACAUAUGAGAUGACGGUAUACGAUGUACUAUGAAGGCUCACAACAAUGUUAUUUGUUUUUGACUUUAAGUUACUCUUGGUAAGGCAGGACAUCAUCUCACUACAUUGUGUUAGUAUCCAUUAAACCAUUUAACGAAAU